AUGACAGCUCGCCCAAGAGGAAUAACGCUGAUCAUUAAUAACGCAUCUUUUGCUCAUCAUCCUGUACAUGGACAACAGUCACCUCGUCACGGGUCGCAAGAAGAUGUUCGUCAAGUUGAAGCAUUGUUUACUGCUCUCCAUUUUUCAGUACGAACUAAAGAGAACCUUUCAAGAUUUGAACUCUUGAACGAACUUGGUGAUGUUGCUCGCGGGGAUCACAGUGCUUAUGAUUGUUUUAUGCUGUGGCUCAUGAGCCAUGGCAAAAGUGGUGAGGUGUUCUGUUCUGACGGUAACACGAUACCUAUUCAGACUCUUCAGGAUUUGUUUAGCGAUUGCCAUACGCUAAGCGGUAAGCCGAAGCUGUUUUUCAUCCAGGCGUGCAGAGGUGAUAAAGAAGACCAGGGGGUGCCUGUUGCCACUGAAACCGGUAUUUCAUCUUACGAACAGCUUAGUCCCAAGCAAGCUGAGUUGAAACCUAUACCCAGAGUAGUACCCACACAUGCAGAUUUCCUGUAUGCAUAUUCCACAGUCGAUGGGUAUGUGUCGUACAGGCAUGAGGCUCUAGGAAGCUACUUUGUUCGCGGUCUAGUUGAGGCAUUCCGUGAACAUGCGGUUUAUGACCACCUUCUCGAUAUUUUAACAGUGGUCAACCAGCGAGUCAGUAACAUGGAAGCCAACAUGUCAUCGGUGGAAAACAAAAAUGAGAUCAAAAUCUUUAAACAAAUGCCUGAAGUUAAACAUACUUUGCGGAAAAAAGUUCGUUUUUAG